AUGAAUGUUGAUCGACUAGAUAUACUUGAAAAUACGAUGGUUGCCAAUGAUCAGGUUACAUUGCUACAUUGCCAUUUAACUAUUUAUCUCUCGAUCCCUCGAUGUCUCUGUGUCCAUUCUGGAGAGUUUGUAAAGCAGGGAGGACCGAUCCCUGUUGUUCCCACCGCUGACCUCCAGACCAGAGUCGCUAGUGCUUCUGAGAAGGACAUUGUUCACUCUGGGCUGGCCUAUACCAUGGAGAGAUCUGCCAGGCAAAUCAUGCGUACGGCCAGUAAGUACAACCUGGGUCUGGACCUGCGGACGGCUGCGUACGUCAACGCCAUCGAGAAGGUGUUCAAGGUCUACAACGAGGCCGGCAUUGAGAAAGUGAAGCAUAUCACAGAAGGCUCCUGUCAGAGAAGGACCUGACCUUUAAGAAAGCCUGUGAUAUAGCACUUGGACUCGAGCUUGCCCACAGGGAUACUAUUGAGCUAUCGGGACAUGCAGAACGUCAGAAAGGUGUUCACAAGGUCAGUGAUGCACGU